AUGGCAUCGCUCGAGGACGUCCAGGCACGCCACCGCCGCGAGCUGCGCGAGCUGCAGGGCCGCGUCACCAACAAGAAGAAGAACGCCACUAAGAAGACGCGCCGGGGUGUGCUGGACGAGUGUGCCGCCCUGGAGCUGGCGCUGCACAAGAAGCAGGCUGCCGAGCUGCAAGAGCUGGAAGGAGGCAAGGACGAGGACGAGGACAAGGAGGACCAGACGGAGGAGGACCAGACGGAGGGGUCUGGUGAUGUCGGCGGCGUCACCGUGCAGCUGGCCGACACGACGCUGGACGGUGAGGGAGGAGGAGCAGAAACAUCAGCAUCUCCAUCUUCCUCCACCCAGCCAAAGAAGCGCAACCGCCAGCGGGAGCGGCUAGCUCGCCGCGCGGCCGCCCUCGAAGACGACCAGGCUGUCGCGGCCGCCGAGGCUGCCACCAUGGUCGACCAUGCCGCCGUCGAGCGCGCCGUCCUGGCGCCGCUGAUCGGCCGCAGUGGCCGCGCCGAGCACGCCAUCCGCCCCGAUGGUCACUGCCUGUUUGCGGCCGUGGCCGACCAGAUGGCCGAGCUGGGACGGCGCGUGAGAGCCGAUGAAGAAGACGAGAAAGACGAGAAAGACGGACCGGCAGAUCCCUACCGCCACGUCCGUUGGGCUGCUGCUCGCUACAUGGAAGCCCAUCCCGACGACUUUGCGCCGUUUCUCGUCGGCGAUGACGGUCUGCCCGCUCAUAUCGCCCGCAUACGCGAUACUGCCGAGUGGGGCGGCCAGCUCGAGCUGCGCGCCCUGGCCAGCGCCUACGACGUCGACAUCCACGUGCUGCACGACGGCCGCAGCGAGCUGAUCCGGCCGGCCAGCGCAGACGGCCAAGGCGAGGACGGCAACCCGCAGCAGACGAGGCCAACCAUCUGGCUCGUCUACUACCGCCACGGCUUCGGCCUCGGCGAACACUACAACUCGCUGCGCGCAAAGACAGAGGAACCAUGA